UGGUUAAACGCAAUUUCUCAUGUAACCAAUUCCUCCAACUUUCCUUUCUCAAACUCCAUCUCCCCAAUAAUCUCACCGCCGGGAUGUCACCGUCCGCCGGAAUCCACGUCCCUCUUUUGCCUGGAUCAAAAUCAACGGCGGAGCAUGGUACAAUCCCCGGCGCUGUAUUCAAUGUCGCAACAAGCAUAAUUGGAUCUGGAAUCAUGUCAAUUCCAGCGAUUCUAAAAGUUCUCGGUGUGUUUCCUUCUAUCGCAUUGAUUAUGAUCGUGGCGGUGCUUGCCGAAGUUUCUGUAGAUUUUCUGAUGCGUUUUACGGAUGCCGGUGCAAAAACGACGUAUGCCGGUGUUAUGAAGGAGGCUUUUGGAUCGGUUGGAGCAUUGACCACUAAAGUUUUUGUCAUAAUCAAUAACUUUGGCGGAUUAAUUCUCUUACUUAUUAUUAUAGAGAUUGCAUCAUAUUGUAGUUUUGCACGUAACCAACUCCACUUUUCCACUUUUCCUCUUUCAACUCUCCCCGAUAAUUUCACCGCCGGUAUGUCACCGUCUGCCGGAGCUCACGUCCCCCUAUUAACUGGAACAAAUUCGGUGGCGGAGCCUGGUUCAGUUCCCGGCGCUGUAUUCAAUGUUGCAACGACAAUAAUUGGCGCCGGAAUCAUGUCAAUCCCGGCGAUUCUAAAAGUUCUCGGAGUAUUUCCCUCUUUCGCCUUAAUUCUGAUCGUCGCCGUGUUAGCCGAAGUUUCUGUCGAAUUUCUCUUGCGUUUUACACAUGCCGGUGAAACUACGACUUACGCUGGUGUCAUGAGGGAAGCUUUUGGGUCCUAUGGAGCAAUAUCUGUUCAAGUUUGUGUUAUAGUCACAAACUUUGGUGCUUUAAUUCUCUAUCUUAUUAUCAUCGGGGAUGUUCUAUCUGGAAAGGAAAGUGGAGAUGAAGUGCACUUAGGAAUUUUGCAGCAGUGGUUUGGGAUUCACUGGUGGAAUUCAAGAGAAGUUGCUCUUCUCAUCACCUUGGUUCUUGUUAUGCUUCCAUUGGUCUUGUACAGACGUGUAGAAUCCUUGAAGUACAGUUCUGCAAUAUCAACUCUUCUUGCUGUGGCAUUUGUUGCCAUUUGUUCUGGGUUGGCUAUUGUUGCUUUGGUGCAAGGAAAGACACAAACUCCUAAAUUGGUUCCUCGAUUAGAUUACCAAACAUCAUUCUUUGAUUUGUUCACUGCAGUUCCUGUUGUAGUCACAGCAUUCACAUUUCAUUUCAAUGUGCAUCCAAUUGGGUUUGAGCUUGCAAAGCCAUCAGAUAUGAAAACCGCAGUUCGAUUAGCAAUAAUGUUUUGUGCAUUUAUAUACUUCACAAUUGGUUUAUUUGGCUACCUCUUAUUUGGAGAUUCAACACAGUCAGACAUUCUAAUCAAUUUUGAUCAAAGUUCUGAUUCUACUGUUGGUUCCUUGUGCAAUAGUUUAAUUCGAGUUAGCUACGCACUCCACAUCAUGCUAGUAUUCCCUAUUUUGAAUUUCUCUUUAAGAUCCAACAUUGAUGAACUACUAUUCCCUAAGAAGCCUCUAUUAGCCACAGACAACAAGAGAUUUGUAAUUAUCACUCUUGUGCUCUUAGUAUUCUCCUAUCUAGCUGCUAUAGCAAUCCCAGAUAUUUGGUACUUCUUUCAGUUUCUAGGAUCAACAACUGCAUUAUGCCUUGCCUUUAUCUUCCCAGGCACUAUUGCUUUAAGGGAUGCUCUUGGUAUAUCAACAAGAAAGGACAAAAUUAUAGCUCUGGUUAUGAUUAUACUAGCUGUAGUGACAAGUGUAAUUGCAAUUUCCACCAACAUAUACAAUGCUUUAAGUAGCAAAUCAUAAUGUUGGUGCUCUCUUUUUCCCUUUUCUUUUGUUGUUGCUUUCUACUACAGAAAGUUUCGUUGGUUGAAAUGGGGCGUGGAAGGGGCAUAAAUUCCAGGCGCCUUUGUAUGUUUAGGCCCCUUGUUGUGUAGUUUCUUUGAUUAUUUUUUGGAUGCAUUGUUGUAGAAAUCUUGUAAGGAAUUGUUGUGUAUAAUAUCAAAGUAUCCAAUUCCAAGUAAUAAAAUUCAGAAGUGUAGUUGAAGGGUGACAAA